AUGUCCAAUAUAGACCCAACACCUUCCAUACCGGUGGUCUUCCCAUCGGUUGAAGAGUUCAAUGUCGAACGGGUGUUUCCUAUUCGAAAUCUUAUCCACGGAGGAGAUGUCGAUACUGGAAUUAGCACGCAGAACAUCGACGAUGCACCUUCAUACGCUCCAAGCAGUCGAGAUUCUAUUUCGGUCCAAGAACUUCAAGAUAGGGAAGACAAUGUGACUGAACGCCAUGCCGAUGGCCGAAGCGAAACGACUUUUUUUCCUCCGCCUUACCCCUCUAUACCUCCUCAUGAUAGAAUUCGCAGACUACCUCAAAUUUCGACAGAAGACCACACAUCGGGAAAUGGCAGUAGCAAACAGUCAUCUGAAUAUGAAGACAAUAGGAGGAUAUCACAACGCUCACAAUUGGUCCCUUCAAAAUAUGGCCCUCCAGGUAUUGCACCGGGCAAACCUGCGGGUACUGCGGAGCAGACAUUCUACAGGUGUGAAGAUGAACCUAUACACAUUCCAGGAGCAAUCCAACAAUAUGGGGCAUUAAUCGCCUUAAAAUACAAUGAUCAAGGAGAUCUUGUCCCUCGGGUUGCCAGCGAGAAUACAUUUAAAAUAUUGAAAUACUCCCCUGAACAAUUAUUCACUCUGACAUCUUUUCUUGACGUUCUUGGCGUGGACGUUCGCGAAGAUUUCAUCGCACGGGUAUCCCAUGCUCUUCGAGAUGCCAGCAAAAACCCGUCUUCUGAUACGAAAUUGGAAAUCUUCUCCAUGUCAGUUGUUGCACAUACGGGGUUGGUAAACCUCUGGUGCGCGAUUCAUAUAUCCAAAGGCACUGAUGAUUUAAUCAUCUGCGAAUUCGAAGACUUUUCUGACAACAUGUUUUAUUCUGAUGGACUUCACACUGCGACAGAUUUACCAAGAACGCCAACGCGAACGAUUGACGAUGAUAUAGUACUUGAAGAGCGGCUUAAAAGUAUCUCUAGUGGAAGUCAACCGCUACGUGUCCUACAAAUUGCUAAAAGGAAAGGUAGACACGCUAUUGGUUCCCUGGAAAUGUUCAAUGCUAUGGCACAAGCACAGGAACAACUUGCCGCAUGUACUUCCGUUCAGAACCUUCAAGAUGUCGUGGUGGGCCUCAUAUUUGACUUGACGGGCUUUCACCGAGUCAUGUUCUACCGUUUUGAUUCUACCAAAAAUGGAUGCGUAGAGGCUGAGUUAGUCAAUCCCAAAGCUAGUGAUGAUAUCUUUAGAGGAUUGCAUUUUCCAGCUUCCGAUAUUCCUAAACAAGCCCGCGAUUUAUACAAAAUUAACAAGAUUCGAAUACUAUAUGAUCGGGAUGAAGAAACUGCACGGCUGGUCUGUCGUGACCAGUCCGAUUUCGAAAAGCCCCUAGAUUUGACACAUGCUUAUUUACGCGCCAUGUCUCCACUUCAUCUAAAGUAUCUUUCGAAUAUGGGAGUACGUUCAACGAUGUCAGUUUCUAUUGUAAUUGAUGGCGAUCUCUGGGGAUUGGUGGCAUGCCAUGGAUAUGGUAAUAGCGGUAUUCGUGUAACUCUACCAAUGCGUGAACUAGCCAGAAGUAUUGGAGAGUGUGCUUCAACAAAUAUUAAACGGUUGUUGAUGCAGCAACGAAUUGAAGCUCGUAAAGCACCACGUCACAGCCCAGGAAAGACGCCAUCUGGUUUUAUUGCGGCUUCAUCCGAAGAUUUGUUGCGCGUCUUUAAUGCAGACUUUGGUCUUCUCAACAUUCAAGAUGAAGCACGAGCUAUUGGAAAACUUCGCCCCUAUCGCGAGGCCUUGGCGAUUCUUGCGCACUUACAGUCUCGUCACUUCACGGAAACCUUUGCUACGCACAAUAUAUUGAAAGACUUGCCAAAACUGAAAGACCCACCAGGAAUCGAUUCAAUAGCCGGUAUCCUCGUCAUACCUCUCAGCACGGGCGGGAAUGACUUCUUGGUUUUCUUCAGGAAAGGUCAACUGCGUGAAGUCAAGUGGGCGGGUAAUCCGUAUGAGAAAAUCAAGAGGACUGGAAGUCAGUAUCUAGAACCAAGAAGCAGUUUCGGGCGCUGGACAGAGACUAUUAAAGGCACUUCUAAAACAUGGACCACGGAUGACUUCGAGACCGCAUCUGUGCUGAGUCUUCUGUACGGAAGGUUUAUCGAAAUUUGGCGACAGAAGGAAUCAACAGGACACGAUCGAAUGACUCGUCUCCUAUUGAGAAAUACCAGUCAUGAAGUCCGCACACCACUAAAUGCUGUUGUCAACUAUCUUGAAAUGGCACUUGAAGACGAGAUGGGAAUUCAAACUCGUGAGUUGUUGGAAAAAGCUCACAAGGCUUCAAAAUCGUUGAUCUAUGUCAUCGAUGACCUCCUGAAACUCACCAAAGCCGAAACCGGUCCGGUCAAUUCAAUUAAAGAUACAUUCGACCUCUCAGCUACAGUGUCUGAAGUUAUGUCAGCUUUCCGAACAGAAGCAAUCCGGAAGAGCCUAGAUUUGACCGUCACCAUACAUCAAGGCAUCCCAGAAAUGGUCAUGGGCGAUGCUGCUCGAUUGCGACAGGUUAUAUCUAAUCUCACAAGUAACGCGUUCCAAAACUCCGUGGCUGGCGGUGUCAAAAUCGACAUUCGACCUCUACAGAUAUGGCCGACGAGUACUGUCAUUUCUAUCACUGUUCAAGAUGUAGGUCAUGGAAUGUCGGAAUCACAACUUGAUGAAUUAUUCCAAGAAUUUGAGCAAAUACUGGACGAGACUGAUAACCCUACUCCUACAAAGGCAUCACAAUCAUCGACUGACGUGCGAGAGACUCUCGACCUUGGCCUUGCUGUUGUAGCUCGAUAUGUUCGCAACUCUAAUGGCCAAAUUCGAGUACACAGCGAGGUAGGAAAAGGGACAAUAUUUGGCAUUGAGUUACCUUUUGAACACGCUCCAGUUGUAUCAGAGAUACGUGAACCAUCGAUCAUUAACAAUGCUAAACUCAUGCGUUCACUUUCCGAGACUGGGAGUUUCUAUGGUGGGAGCGAUAGGAUAACUUCUAGUUCUUCGCUAUCCGCUCUUGGGGGUACUCCACUAGCCACCCCCAUCGAAGGAAGUUCAUCUAUUUCGACAUCGCUCUUUGAUCUCGCAGUGCUUCCGAAAGAUGAACCUGUGGGUUCAUCAACUGCAAGAAGGCCAAGUCCUGCUACACUCGAUGCUAUAUCACCAAAGAAGUCACUUUCGAUCUUGAUAGCAGAGGAUAAUCCUAUCAAUGCAAAGCUUCUGCAUAGAAGACUCGUCAAGCUUGCACAUAAAGCUGAAGUUGUGAACGACGGGCAAUCGUGUCAUGAUUACUAUAAGUCUGAAAAUAAUAGGGUUGAUGUAAUCUUGAUGGAUUUACAGAUGCCUCUUGUGGACGGUGCUAUGGCGACGAGAAUGAUACGUCAGUUUGAAAGGGAUCAUCCUGAAUCACAUAAAGCAAGGAAAAGAGUUCCUAUUAUUGCUGCUUCAGCCUCGCUUACUGAGGAGAAUCGAUUUGAUUACAUCGAAGCUGGCUUCGAUGGUUGGAUCUUGAAGCCUAUCAACUUCAGCCGUCUGGACUUUCUCCUACAUGGCUUGAGUAAUCCUAAGCUUAAACAACAGGCACUUUAUAUUCCGGGUAUGUGGGAACAAGGUGGAUGGUUCUUGGCUUGA